ACUUGCACGGUGAGCGACGCCGCGGAGGAGAAAGACAACGCAGCGAACAAAACACACAAUGGCGACGGCGGCGACAACGGCAGGCGGAACGGGUUCAGGCGGACCGGCCACCGGCCCGGUCGGCAGCGGGACCGCAGUGGGACGAAAAAAGGACGGUGGCCCGUCCACGAAAUUCUGGGAAAGUUCAGAGACCGUAUCCCAGCUUGAGACGGUGCGGCAGUGGAUCGGAAAGCACUACAAGAAGUACGUCCAGAAUGACUCCCCCUCCAGCAAAUCCUUGGCGGGCCUGGUCGUCCAGCUGCUGCAGUUCCAGGAAGACGCAUUUGGACGCAGGGUCAACAAUCCUGCUCUCACCAAGUUACCUGCCAAAUGUUUCCUGGAUUUCAAGGCGGGAGGUGCUCUCUGUCACAUCUUGGGGUCGGUCUACAAGUUUAAGAGUGAGCAGGGCUGGCGUCGAUUUGAUCUGCAGAAUCCCUCCAGGAUGGACAGGAAUGUGGAAAUGUUCUUAAAUGUAGAGAAGAACUUGGUCCAGAAUAACUGCUUGACUCGACCCACGGUCUUCCUGUCGCCGGACAUUGAGCAGAAACAGGCCAGUAAGCUCAAAGACAUCAUCAAAAGGCACCAGGGCUCCAUUACUGAUGAUAAGUCAAAAGCCACCCAUCACAUUUACCCCUCACCAUCCCAACAAGACGAAGAGGAGUGGCUUCGUCCUGUCAUGAGGAAAGAUAAGCAGGUGCUGGUGCACUGGGGUCUCUACCCAGACAGCUAUGAUACCUGGGUAUCAGCCAACGAGGUGGAUGGUGAUGUGGAGGAUCCUCCCAGCACUGACAGACCCUGGAAGGUCCAUGCCAAGUGGGUUUUAGACACAGAUGCCUUCAAUGAGUGGAUGAACGAAGAAGACUACGAGGUAGACGAGAACAAGAAGCCAGUCAGCUUCCGCCAAAAGAUCUUCCCCAAGGAGGAGGAGUCUUCCCGUACACCUGAUCGCAAGGAGCGCAAGGCCAACUCCGCUGGAAAGAAGAGGAGGCGUUCGCCCUCACCACCUAGCACUCCAGUCGAGUCCCGCAAGAAGGGAGGAAAGAAGGGGAACCCAGGGCCUCACUGGAAGCGGCGGGGCCACAGAGGCGAAGAGGAGGAUACAGAGGAGGACAUGACCAAGGACAUGGAUGACUCGUCAGCUGGUGCCAGCAUGGAGGAGGGCAGCAUGUCUAAGAAUGCAAGUUCAAAGAAAGACAGUGACAAUACACCAGUGAAAGGAGGGAAUGUGGCCGACUUGGAUGACAUGGAGGAUGACUCUGUGCUGUCUGGCGGAAAGGAUGACGAGGAUCAGGGCAAAGCUGAAAUCAACCGGCUGAUUGAUGCCAGUGAGGACAACGUGACUGAACAGACUCACCACAUCAUCAUCCCCAGCUACGCUGCUUGGUUUGACUACAACUGCAUCCAUGAAAUCGAGAGAAGAGCAUUGCCUGAAUUCUUCAAUGGAAAGAAUAAAUCCAAAACUCCAGAGAUAUACCUGGCCUACCGGAACUUCAUGAUUGACACGUAUCGGCUAAACCCGCAGGAGUAUCUCACCUCCACCUCCUGCCGCAGGAACUUGACCGGGGAUGUCUGCGCCAUCAUGAGGGUCCAUGCGUUCUUGGAGCAGUGGGGUUUGGUGAACUACCAGGUCGACUCAGAGAGCCGCCCCUUGCCCAUGGGCCCCCCACCUACACCCCAUUUCACUGUACUGGCUGACACACCUUCUGGCCUCAUUCCCUUGAACCACCGACCCCCACCAAUUCCCCCUCCACAGCCAAUGCCCAACUUUGUAGACAAAGGCAAAGACAAGCCCAUCGACCUGCAGAACUUUGGCCUUCGCACUGACCUCUACAAGAAAAACUCAAAGGGUAAAGCAGUUACUACUACCAGAGAAUGGACUGAGCAGGAGACUCUACUGCUCCUAGAGGCACUGGAGAUGUACAAAGACGACUGGAACAAAGUGUCAGAGCAUGUCGGUUCACGCACCCAGGAUGAGUGUAUCCUGCACUUCCUGAGGCUGCCCAUUGAGGAUCCAUACCUGGAAAGCACUGAGACCUCUCUGGGCCCUCUGGCCUACCAGCCCAUACCCUUCAGCCAGUCUGGAAACCCCGUCAUGAGCACAGUAGCUUUCCUGGCCUCUGUGGUCGACCCCAGAGUGGCAUCUGCUGCUGCCAAGGCAGCUCUAGAGGAGUUUUCCCGGGUGCGUGAGGAGGUGCCGGCUGAGCUGGUGGAGGCUCAUGUGAAGAAGGUGCAGGAGGCGGCCAGGAGCACAGGGAAGGUGGACCCUGCCUUUGGCCUGGAGAGCAGCGGCAUUGCUGGCACCGCCCCUGAGGAGCCAGAAAAGACUGAAACCACAGAGCCAGAGAAGAUGGACACAGACACAGACUCCCAGCAGGCCGAUAAGGCGGAGUUGAAGGACGAGGCAGAGAAGCCCAGUGAGUCUGCAGAAAAGAGCGACAAGACAGAGGCCACAGAAAAAGUGAAGAAGGAAGGAACAGAGGCAUCGGAGCGUGAGGAGGAGACAGAGGAAGGAGGGGAGGCCAAGACCACUCCAGCAGACAAGGACAAGGAGGAGGCUAUGGAGACAUCGUCCUCAGAGCAGGAGAAGGAUAAGGAGGAGAAGGCAGCAACAGAGGAGGGAGACGACAAGAGGAAGAAGCUGGAGCAUGACAUUGGAGAGGGAAAUAUUGCCACCGCGGCUGCUGCUGCUCUGGCAUCAGCUGCCACCAAGGCCAAGCACUUGGCAGCGGUGGAGGAGAGGAAGAUCAAGUCCCUGGUUGCUCUGCUGGUGGAGACCCAGAUGAAGAAACUGGAGAUCAAGCUGAGGCACUUCGAGGAGCUCGAGACCAUCAUGGACCGAGAGAAAGAGGCUUUGGAGCUUCAGCGGCAGCAGCUGCUCACCGAACGUCAGGCAUUCCACAUGGAGCAGCUCAAAUACGCCGAGAUGAAGGCGAGGCAGCAGAUGGAGCAACAAGCUGCCGCUGCCGCCGCUGCUGCUGCAGCCGCCCAGGCUCAAGGACAGGGACAGGCCCCAGGAUCUGGACCCCACUCUGGGCCUCCUCAACCAGGCAUGCACCACGGAGGACCCCCACCACACCACGGAGGACCCCCACCCCACCACGGCGGGCCACCACCCGGUGCUGCCAUGCAUCCUGGCUACCCUCCAAUGGGUCACCACCCUAUGGCUCCCCAUCACCCAGGACAGACAGGACCGAUGGGACCAAGCCAGCCGAUGCCUGGGCGUAUGAUGCCUGGCCCGCCUUCUGCUGGCCCCCCUCCUGGUGGCAUGCCUCCCAUGAUGCCCCCACGCCACCCUGGAGCUCCCAACGGCAUGUACCCCGGCCCAGCACCUGCACAGCCUGAAGCGCUGCCCCCAGCUCCUGUGGGUCCUGCUGCGCCCCCGAGUGGACGAGUGGCUGACAACUAAGACCUACACACACACACACACACACACACACUCAGAACUAACUCUUUUGCUGAAUCUCGAUCCCUGUUUUGACGGCCUUUGCUACUGGCUCCAUUUUUUUUUUCUCAACACUCACAUAAACUUCCAUAAACCUUAGAACACAAACAUACACACACACACACACACUCUCAGGGUUCAGUGGCAAGGGUAACCCAAUUUUUCACACAAACACACAUCCAGACUUCCUCUCAGGGCACAGCGGCAAGUGUCGUCUAGUAAUAAACACUGUUUUCUGCUCUGUUGGGCCAAAUGGAGGCUGGAGAGAAUGACUCUGUGUACAGAAAACAAAACAAGGAGACAGAUCAGAUAAAAACCUCAAUCUGUCUCAACUUUUUUUCUCUUUCCAAUGCUGUUUUAAAUGACACUGUAACCCCUUCCCAUCUCUCUUAAACACAUGCACAUACACACACACCUCUUCUUGUCUGGUGCCUCUUUCUCCAAGCCAAUCACUAGGGGGAGCUAGUGAGACCAGAUGGCUGGUCAGACAUGCAGGGAUUUGUGUGUGCAUGUGCCUACUCUAAGCAACCUGAGCUGUAACACACAAACAAUUCAGACAGUAAUUUGAAGAAAAAACACACCGUAGGGGACCCAGCCUGCCCUCACUCUUGUCUUGUUGAGUAUCUACCUCUUGCUCCUCUUUAAAUGAUACACUGUAGGUUUUUGUGUGUGUGUGUGUGUCUGUGAAUGUGUGUGUGUGUGUGUUCAAGAUAGAGGAGUGUUUGAUGGCGGUUCUAUCGUCUGUGUCCUCUGACCACAGUUUGUAAGUUAUUCGUGAUUACGUUCAGUUACAGAUACAUGAUAAUUAGACUAGUGUCAAAUUAGAAACCGUAACAAACACUCCAAGUGUUACUGCUUGUGUAAGACUCCUCUGUCUUUUAGCUACCCUAACAACUGGCCACCAUCUUUGAGUUAAGGAGUUGGGAUUUGUAAUAGGUAAAAUAUAAAAUAUCACCAUGAUUCUCUUUUAAGCAUUAAUGCAGACCUGAUGCAGAAAUCUCAGAUCUGAUGGUGAGAGGUCACCCACAAAGUUGCAUCAGAGGAAGGACAAACGCCUAAACGCACCAUCAUUCACGCCUUCUGUCACACCAACCACAACACUGUAACACAUACACACAUAAAAAUGUAAGCUAAACUGAGGCUCACACUGGAGGCUACGUGCACACACACCGACUUGGCCAGACCCUGCCACAAAGCACUGGACAACCACACAUAUACACACAACACACAUACAUAUAAUCUCCUGCUGACCUUCACACAGCCUUUACAGAGAGGGAGACGCUGUGAUGCGGCUCAACUGAAACAUCAAAACAUGAACGAUGCUCUUCCUCAGCGCGGUGGGCUUGUAGAUGUUUUUAGGUGCUGAUACUGUAGCGAAUAAACUCACGCCCCAACCCCUUCCCCCAUCUUUGUUCAAAUUUCCUAUCGCCUAGUGCUGCCUACCUCGCUAACACACACCUCUCUCCUGACAUUUUUGCUUUUUAGCCACUAGCCACGGUAAAAACUUAGCAAUACCCUCAUUCCUGUGUAUCAACCGGUUUGUGGUCUGUACACUGAAAAAUACUGGUCUACCAAUGAGAAGCAAUCAUGAUUUCACAUUUUAGUCCUAAAAUCCUGUGUUCUGUGAUGUUGCAGUAAAUAAAAAGGUACGCAACAAGGGGAGCAACCACUGAACGUUCAUUAACCGAGCUGAAAAUAGUAAUUUAUUCAAACUACUUUAGUAAUGAAUUCAGUGUCAUUUUUCAGCUGGUUCUAGCAUCUCAAAUGUGAAAUUUUGCUAGUUUGUCUUUUAUAGUAAGUUGAAUAUAUUUCGGUUUUGGACUGUUAGUUGGACAAAAUGUGAUAUUUGAAGACGUUAUUUUGGGUUUACGCAGGUUGUAACGGGCACUUUUCACUAUUCCUGACAUUUAGCUGACUGAGAUAUUAGCAAUUCAUUGAGAAAAUAAUCUGCAGUUUAAUCUAUAAUGAGGAUAAUCGUUAUUUGCAUUAUAGAUUAAUCCUUUAGCCAAUUAAUGUCAUAAAAUAUUGAAAAAUGCCCAUUCUGAUUUCCGGGUCCCCAAAAUAACGUCUUGACAGUGCUUGUUAUGUCCAACACGCAGUCAUUACAGACAGAAACGCAGCAAAUCCUGAGGUUUAAAGACUGAACAGGAAGAUAUUUGACCUGAUAAUUUAACAGUCGAUCAUCUAGAUUUUCCUCUUUGUCUAAUUGAUGAUUGGUGUUGACUUCAUUCUUGCCCCCAGAAAAAGCAGUAAAGGAAAAUUUUGCUCACUACUAGAUCCACAUAGGAGCUAGUAGUUUUGGGGAUUUCAGUUUUAUCACACAGGAUUCCUCAGCAGCUGUCACAGAAUUGCAGAUGUUAAAAGGGUCUUCUCAGGACUUUUUGUCCUUAUUGGCUUAAAAGUCGCAAUCGAAAAAAAUUACUGACCCUGAAAACAGCAGUUGACUCAACAGUCUCACCACAGGCUCUUUUAUUUGCUGUUCUGGAGCUUUUGUUCAUGUGACACAAUCUUCCUCGAGAUGUAGACGCUCUAAUUUCCAAUUUCCUGAGCAUUACUACGACUUCUCAUCCUGAGAGCGAUCUGCUGUGUUAAUACCAUCAAAAGCCUCAGAACUGUUUGUGCAACAACUGCUGAGGAAGACUUAGCGAUAUGAUUGAAAGCUACUAAAGGACCUGGAGAUAUAAUUGUUUUGCCAGCUAAUCAGUUCAUGUUUCCCUUCAAACCUUAGCAUUUUGUAUUAUUAGUUAAAUCCCUUGACUUUGUGACUUGAAUCAGCUUCAUACAUUUACCACUAAUGUAGGCCUUCAAGUUGACUUCAAAUAGAUGUUAACUGUUCUGACAACAAAAAUUUGAGUUAGUUUUUGAGUGGGUUUUCUCUCCUCACUCACUUCUUCUGAUACUAAAAUGACAUCAUACAUUUGUCGUCUUGCGUCUUUCCACAGUCGACGUACAGGUUAAUAAUAAGCGCAAAUAAACUUGUUUUAAUGUGAAGUCUUAACCCAAACCACUCCUGUCCCGCCCUCCCUUCGCUAGCACUGUUAGUAUCUCUGCUACCUCUUCCUCGUUCAUCCGCUAGCUACCUCUUCUAGAAAUCUUCCUCUUGCUAUCUGCUACCUCUCUGCGCACCCCUUCGCUACCUCUCGUUCCUUUCUUUUCAUUUCCCUCUUUAAUCUUUUCUUUUUCCUGCCCACAUGACUGCUGCAUCACUGACUGUUGCCCUCUUCUCCUGCUGUCUGUCGGAAGAAGAAAACACACCAACACACGUACGGUCGUUGACUCUCACUCUCGUUCACCGCGCCCUGCUUUACCCAUUCAACAUCUUACUGGGCUUGUUAUGUAAUAUCACUUAAAUAUGAUUGGAAUUCCCUUACAUAUAUUAUCUUUAAUCAAUACUUUUUUGUGUUAAUGGUAAUGUAUUUUUAAGGAGAAGUUUUGUGUAGAUGGAAGUUCUCUCUGUUCUUUGGAAGUUUGUAGCAUUUGUUUUCCUUUUUUUAUUUUGUAUGGGGUCUGUUGGUACUUGGACCUAGACACUGUCGAAUAAACUGUGUUUUGUAUGA